UCAAAUGGAUGUCUACUCGUCAAAACUGUCACAUGCUGUGGAUGUCGGAGUUAGCGCGUAUCUACUUCUCAUUGCUGUUCUGUCCAUCGUAGGGAACCUGCUGGUGCUUAUCAUGGCCAGGAAGCGCUCCAAGCACAUGAAGCCGGCGGAGCUGCUGAGCGUGAGCCUGGCCGUGACGGACCUCGGCGCGGCCGUCACCAUGUACCCGCUGGCCGCCGCCUCGGCCUGGAACCACCGCUGGAUCGGCGGCGACGUCACGUGCCGCUACUACGGCUUCAUGGGGUUCUUCUUCGGAUUGGCCAGCAUCGCCACGCUGACGGUGAUGGCCGUCGUCCGAUUCAUCGUGUCCACCAACCUGCAGUCACCCAAGGAACGGGUGAGCAUGCGAAACGCGAAGCAGCUGGUGUUGGGGACGUGGCUGUACGCGCUGCUCUGGUCCGUCUUCCCCUUCGUCGGCUGGGGCGAGUACGGGCCCGAGCCUUUCGGCCUGUCCUGCACGCUGGCCUGGGCCAACAUGCGCCACAUCCACAACGGCUUCUCCUUCGUCAUCAGCAUGUUCUCCAUGAACCUGGCCACGCCCGCGGUGGUCAUCAUCACCUGCUACGCCGGCAUCGCCCUGCGCCUUCGGGUCACCUUCAAGUCCAUCAACAGCUUCAACCAGCUGCCUAACGCCGUCAAGAUGCAGAAGAGACUCGUACUGAUCGCCGUUUUCAUCAGCAUGGGUUUCCUGGGUAGCUGGACACCCUACGGCAUGAUGAGUCUGUGGUCUGCGUACAAUGACAGCUCUUCCAUCCCGCCGAUAGUGAGCUUGUUGCCCUGCUUGUUCGCCAAGACCUCCACCGUCUACAACCCCCUCAUCUAUUACACCUUCAGCAAGACCUUCAAGAUGCAAGUCAAACAGCUGUGUUGUCCGUGCAGAUGGUCCAAUGCCUGCAAACCAGAAAUGGACAACAACAGGGACAUCGAGAACACCGUCUACCUGGUGUGCAAUGACACCAAGCCUCCGCAGCCAAGGCCCCGCGUGGACGACAAGGACCUCGGUAUGGCGGGGCAGAUGGAGAUGCGGCUGACUCUGGAAUACCAAUAG